AAAAUCCCGCCUCCCGGAGUUCCCCGAAGGCGCAUGCGUGCAGCGUUGCCUCACUGAAAAAGACUACAAACUCCAGAGAUACUUGCGGUAUCUCGCGCAAACGUCCGGAGUUGAAUGUGGCAAAGGCUUCCAAGCGGAGGAAAUAGAUUCCACUGGGGCGUGGUUGUUCGCGAUCCCUGCAUCUGUCACCUGGGGUCAAGGCUCGGCUCUUGCCCUUACAGACCCUCGGGACGACUCCGCCUCAGCGCAACUAUGAACUUGGAGCGGGUGUCCAACGAGGAGAAGCUAAAUCUGUGCCGGAAGUACUACCUGGGUGGGUUUGCUUUCCUGCCUUUUCUCUGGUUGGUCAACAUCUUCUGGUUCUUCCGAGAGGCGUUCCUAGUCCCGGCGUACACAGAGCAGAGCCAAAUCAAAGGCUAUGUCUGGCGCUCAGCUGUGGGCUUCCUCUUCUGGGUGAUUGUACUCACAACCUGGAUCACCAUCUUCCAGAUCUACCGGCCCCGUUGGGGCGCCCUUGGUGACUAUCUCUCCUUCACCAUACCCCUAGGUACCCCCUGAUAGCUUCCUACACAGGCCUGGGACUUGCUCAUUCUCUCAUUCUCCCAGGAUGGGCUCCUCUACUCUAAGCCCCUCUCAAGCCCCUAAGACUUGUUCCCAUCUCCUGUGUUCUUUGCUGACAUCCCCCAAUAAAGGACUCUAAUCCUCUGUA